UGGAGUGCCUCUCCUGCAACUCCCGUUUCCCACGUGGCACAAGUUGAGAACCCACAUUUCCUAACCUCUGUGUCAAAACAUAGCUCGCGAUGAGACUCAGUUUGGACAAACGUUCGAUAGCUCCCAAAUUUGUCCGUUUUGUUACAAAAAUAAUUAUUUAUCGACUUAUAUAAUAAAUAUCGACUGAUCUGUAACGUAAUUUUACCGAUGUAUGUUGAAUCGCCGAGAGAAAUAAAUGUGAAUUAAAUCUGCAACAUGAACCAACCCAGCUGUACUAAGAGACUGAAGGUACAAUACGACAGGAGUGAUCGAGCUUUACAUAAUGCAUGCAAUUGGCUUCAUCUUGAUAAACCAGCUAUAGAAUAUCACGAUUUGGAAAACGUUAAGACUAUAAGUUACAGAGAACUGAAAGCGGCGAAAGAAACAGUUUCCAGUCACUUGAAAUUUAUAGAGCGCCCCGAAUUUAUUGGUAUUAACUUUGACAUCUCGGAGAGCUGCGUGCCUUCUUUAAUGCUUGGAAUCCUCGAGAGCGGACACGCUUUCUUCAAUGUACCUGCAGAUCCGCUGGCGUAUGCAGAGAUAUCGGCCUCUGUAAAUGCAAGAUACAUUUUUGCGAGAGCUAUGACACCCAACCGAGAGACCAUACGCCAAGUCGAUAUUCAUGGACAGUCGGUGUACUUGACAAAAUUAACAGACGUCCGAGAAAACUUCACUAACAGAGAAUGGUGUCGUUUUGCAUACGCGAUUGCCACUUCGGGAUCAACCGGAGCACCAAAAACUAUCAAAGUGCCGCAUCCCUGCAUACUGCCUAAUAUUGCGGAUCUGAAGAGAAUCCUGGACGUAACGAGCUCCGAUAAAAUCGCGCAACUAACAAAUUUCACCUUCGAUCCCAGUGUUGUCGAGAUUUUCUUAAGCCUUUGCUGCGCCGCGACCCUAUUCAUGGCUUCGAAAGCAUUAAAGAACGAAGCUGUCAGGCUCUUAGAGAAAAUGUUCUGUGCUCGCGCAACGGUUCUUCAAAUCACUCCAUCGCUUUUCUUCCACCAGUGGUCCGCCAGCCACUUGAGAACAACAAUCUUGGACAAAGACUCUGAACUGAGAAUUCUUCUUUUGGGUGGCGAACCGUUUCCUAGCGUGAAAUUGCUUUUGGAAGCUAGUCAUCCACGGAAUGCGACCAGAUUGUUCAACAUCUAUGGUAUAACCGAAGUAUCGUGUUGGUCUAGUAUAAAGGAAAUCGUCAAAAAUAAUGUAGGCGAGCCUCGCUUAGGAGAACCUUUAUCAGAAACUGUAUUUCAAAUCAGGAAUGAGGAUAAUGAAGUAAUAAUUAGAGGCGACGGCACUCUCUAUAUCGGAAGCACUACUAGGGUUUGUAUUGUUGGAAAUGAAGCCGAGGAGGAUCUGAAUAAGCCAGUUUUUCGCGAUACCGGCGACAUUGUCUUAGCAGAUGAUCACGGAAUAUUUUUUAGAGGAAGACGAAAUAAUGUUGUAAAAAGAUUCGGAAACAAAGUAAACUUACGAGAACUCGAGAGAGUCACAACGGAAUUAAGCUUUGUACGAAAUUGUGCUACGUUUUGGGAUGCAGAGAGCCACAAGCUAUAUCUGUGUUUAUCUACCAGAGACACGAAAGAAGAAUUCUCUAAAUUGAAAAGCGAUGUAAUGUCGCACUUGAAGAUAUUACCAGCGAUACACAAGCCUGACAAGAUAAUUAUACUAGAGCGCUUUAACUUUACUCCCAGUGGUAAGAUUUGCCAGGCAUCACUGAGAGAAGUAUGUAGAAAUUCCGAAGCGGAAAGAGUAAGUGAUUUGCACAGUAACGCGAAUGAAAUAUUUGAAAAUUUGUGGAGCAAUCAUAUAAAAUCUAAAGACGCUGGUUUUUUAAUGUCAGGCGGUACAUCAAUAUCAGCGCUUCAGAUAUCAAGCGCUGCCGCUCAAGCCUUUAACACAGAACUUCCUCAAUUAAUUGGUAUGCUGUUAAAAGACCUCACAUUCGACGAAUGCGUCAAUUAUAUCAAAAGUACUUUGAUUAAUUGCGGCAAGGCUGUCGAUCGUUCCAUCGAUAUGUCCCUUAACGAUAAUCUUCCCAAAGAGAUGUUCACAGAGGAUUGUGUGCUAGAGCAACCAUCGCGAAAGAAUUUUCCACUAUCGUCCAAUGAGAAACUGUCUAAUCAGUGGUACAAGUGCAGGGGGAAAACUUAUGGCGAUGCAUUAAUGAAAGAAGGAAGUAUCAAACUUCACUUGGAAAACAUAUCAAGCGUUCAAGUGUUAGCAACUUAUAAUUUGCAAAAGUGCGUCGAUGCCUCGCCAACUAUAUAUAGUUAUUCCGCAGCAGAACUGUAUGCAACAGUCGCUUCACAUUCCGGCAUUAUAUGUACUGCUAAUUUGCUAAAAACCGACGGUGCGCCGUAUGAAGUGAAACUGCCGGAUAGAAUAGAGGCUUCUGUCUUAGCCCUAGCCGAUUUUCGCGGGAUCGUAGGCUGUUACGACGGGUACGUUUACUGUAUUCAUUUAAAAACUGGUGAUGUAAUUUGGAAGUUUCGAACACAGGACAUGGUUAAAUGCACGGCGAUAACAUGCGUGCAGGGGAGCAAGAUAUUCGUAGGUUCUUACGACUUCCAUGUGUAUUGUCUUUCGACAAAAGAUGGUACUCAAAUCUGGAAAACUAAAGCGAGCCACGGUGGAAUUUGUGCCACCGGUUGUUUGCAUCAAUCAUCGACUUCGGUUCUUUUCGGGACGUUAGAUGGCUCGUGCCUGGCCCUGCAGCAAUCCUCGGGACGUAUUACGUGGAAACGUAAGUUGCAGGAUCCAGUAUUCGUCGCGCCCGUUGUUCUCCGGACUGGAUACGCCUUAUUUUGUUCCGUAGCUGGAACACUGUGUUGUUUCGAUAUCGAAGCCGAUUGCCAGGUGUGGCGGUACGUGAUACACGGCAAUGUAUUUUCGUACCCUGUGAUAUGGACUCCCGAGUCUUUGAGCGACGAGCACGUUAUAUUAGCUAGCCAUAACAAAAAUCUCUAUUGCCUAGAAGUGCCACGAAGGACGAGUGAAGAGAAUGAGCCGAAAUUGAGGUACACGUUGAAACUGCAGUCGCCUAUCUUCGCGACCUCCUGGUGCGAGGAAGGACGCGCGUUUGUAGCGUGUACAGACGGCGCCUUCAAAGUGUUCGAUCUUCUAGACGGCAAAUUGUUAGCGACCAAGCAACUUCCCGGCGAAACGUUUUCCUCGCCAGUCGUUCAUAAUGAUCUCACAGUCUUGGGUUGUAGAGACAACAAUCUAUACGUUUUGAAACUUAUUGCUAGUUAAAUGCGUACACAAUAUACGAGCAUUCGCACUGUGUAUGAAUGCGACUGUUAGACUCUUCGCAUCUUUCGAUUUUUAAACUAGUCUUUUUUUUUUAUUGUUCUCCCUCUACGGAAACGCUGUGGACAGUUUUGUCAUUUGGCGUUUUUUUUUGUAACUAGUCACUAAUUGUACACUGGGUUAAUACAAUAUUGUUUAUUCCAUUCAGCUCUCGUGUUACAAGUUGAUGGAUAAUGACGUAUCCGUUGCAGUUGAGACAAGUGUCCGUUAUACCCGUUUCCCCACCCGAUGUGAAAUUGCGUGUGCCCAUCGUGAACCCAUGCGAGAGUGCAAGCAAAACGUGAAUCUAGGACAAACGGCCGAUUCGUUUCUUCUUCGACGCACACACGGCGUUAAGUCAAUUCGACUGCGCAUGCAAAUGUUCGCACUCACUCGUCCUCUCCUCGUCAGAUACAAUAAUGAUUUAUUAUGCAAAUGAAGUAUCUCGGAUCUCAAGCUCACACGAAACAACAAUAUUUCAACGACUCCAUUUUCUCAUAUUUAUAUAUAUGUAUACAUAUCUUUUUGUAAUAUAUAAUAUAUAUACUAUAUAGAUCUAUAAUAUAUCUAUAAUGAAAUGCUUGGCCGCUCCGGAUAUCCCUCUUCGUUUCAACGACUUUCGAUAUCGACCUUCGUUUGCUUUUUCGUUUUUUCCCCCCCCUACUUGCCAUCGACUUUGUCUCAAGCGUGUAUGAGCAUGCGACUUCCCUAUUCCUAAACUUCGUUUUUGAACGUACGUUGAAGAUAAUCGUGCUAUCGAUAGUUACGAUUUGUUUCCUAAAACGAGCGUUUCUUUAACGAGAAAAACGGAUGUGGAAGAUGAAACAUAGUUACAAUUAUAUAUGCGAGUACACAUCGAAUAACGCAUUAUAUAUAUAUUUAUCUUGCUACCCCUAAUUUUGCUACACGGUCAAUAAGCAAGGGAAAGUUAUCAAUGGAAUAUCCUUUUCGCCCGUCAUUUGGCAAUUCGUAUAAAACUAAAUCAUGGCUCGAUUCUUUUGUUCGAAAUGAUAAAUGCAACUUAAACAACCUAGAAUUAACAUUGAAAUAUCGGUAAAUGUUUCCGGAUUCACAACGACCGAGACUUCAGAAGUAUCUCUACAGCUAUGAGAAUUGGUGCUAGUCUAAACAGAGAUAUGAGACUUAUAUUGUAUCGUCGAUCGAUCGUCAGUUUGACAAUUGUAUGGUAGCCUUUGUAGCAACGUGACGUUGCUACAGUGGACUUUGUUUUUGUACAAUUUAAUCUGCCGAUAAACGUUUCACUUAUCACGACACAUUAAAAUAUGGUACACAAGUAUUGUAUACACGCUGUGACGGACAUCUCGAUCAUCUUUAUUUCCUUCUUUUAUCGUUCUCUGUUCGAAUGUAUAUUGGCAGAUUGAAUUUAUGUUUCGUGUAAAAUAUAAAUUUAUAAGAGGAUCUAACCUUAUAUAAUCCGGUGUUCGAAAUCG